UUGUUUUUAAUUCCUCUUUUCUCAAUAAACUAAUCGUUCGUUGCCAAUGUUAUAAAUACGAAAUAUAUACUUCCUUUUCUAUCAAAACCAAGUUAUAAUUUAGUUUAAAUUAUAAUUAAGGAAAGUUAUAAGACCUAUCGUUGUGGCGCAACAGAGCAUUUUUCAAGAUGAGUUUGACAGUGAUGAAUUUCAAUCGGAUUCGAGAGUUAGUAUCGAAUUUAGGAUGUAUGAACGAAGACAAUACAUACAUUUUAAGUCUGGAUUGUUUGAAAAUACUUGAAAAAUUAGAAGAUGAACUACGGAAUGAAGAUGUUGUUAGCAGAAACGUACGCAUUAGUUUGCACAUAUGCGGGACUGUAAAAGAAGAUCUGAUUCCAAUCUUGACUCAUGGAAGAGACUUCAAAAUUUUAGCCACGGCAACACGAGUUCUUGUGAGUUUGAGUUUACCUGCUGAAUGUCUUUUACAAUUUGAAGAAGCUGCUUUAUCACCUAAGCAUUUGAAUAUUUACACACAGUUAGCUGUAUCAACUUUAGCUAUUAAAAAAGCUUUUUUAAAUGCAUCAGCUACAUCACCCAUUGUCUCAAUGCUCAGAGAAACAGUUAUGAAAUCAGAAAAACAUCUAAUUCCAUUGAAAGACAAAGAAUGUGAACAUUUGUAUAAUUGUUUAACUUUUCUUUGUAAUUUACUGCAUUUACCUGAAAACUUAUCAAAUCUUGAUAAAAAUUGCAUCCCAAAAUAUGCUGAUUGGCAGUCAGUGCAGAAUAAAUUAAUAUGGAAUUUAUUUGUGCAAGGUUUUGAUGGAGCUCUUAUUUUAAUGCUCAACAGCAAGUACAAAGAACAUUGGACUGUGCCAUUAACACUUACUAUUGCACUACUCUUUCGUAAUCAGAAUAUUGGUAAAAUUCAUCAGUCUUUGGAGUUGGUGUCAUCAGCAUCUGAGAGCUCAGGAGAUGAAGAAAGUGAUGCUUCCAAAAUUUCGUCGUUUUCUUUAAGUAGCGAGUACUCGAAAAACGUUAAUUUGCUCAGUGAUUCUGGCUGCCCACUCACUUCAGAAUCCUCUUACAUUUGCAGUGAUGGAUCUGUCAAGAAAUGUUUUCCCUCGUCGGCUGCAGAAAUUCAUGAAACAUUUGAAAAAGUACAAAUCAGUGAUGCAGCAAAUGAUAUGAAGCCAAAAAUCAAAGCGAAUUUGAAAACUGUUUGCAAUCCUCCAAGCAACAGUCAAUAUUUUGAUAACGAUUGUGAAAGUUCUAGUUCUUCAGAGUCUCCUUAUCAUAAAAAAAUUAAAGGCAGUACUUCUGCCAGUGAGGCAAAAUGUGACUCUGGUAUGGAUUACAGUUCACUAGAAGGCAAAUCAUCAGAUGAAGACAACUUCAAUGAGAAACGGGUUGUUGAUAAUCUUAAAGCAGUACAAAAAUUGAAAAGUGUACAAAUGCAAUCUAAGCUAUCAGAAAGUGAUUCAAGUAAUGAGGAUUUUCAAAUGAUUAAAAUAAAGCAAAGAAGUCAUCCACCACCAGGCAGACGGGGGAAAAGUCCUCGUAGAAAAGAUGGUUGCAUUCCAUUUGUAUGCAUAGAAUCAGCAUUAGCCACAUCCUCUUCCAAAGGUAGAAUAAAAUAUCCAUUAUGGGAAAAAAGAAGUAGCAUAUCCACUUUAAUUGAUGUCAAUUCUUCUGCUCCAUCUGAUGACGAUAUUGGGUUCCUUCUUAAGGAAUUUACUUUAAGCUUUCUUCAUAGUGGGUUUUCAGAUUUAGCAGUAAAAAUUAAGGAAUUACUUCUGAAAGGAUCACCAGUUGGAAUUGAUAAAUCUGUACUGUUUUGGAUGUUAAGUUACUUUCUUCAUUUGGCUGGUUCUGUAAACCUCAGCUUUAAUCAUAUUAGCCCCAUUCUCAGCUCAGAUUUUGUGACUUUUCUUAUAUUUGAAUGUGUUAAUGCUUGCGAAAAUAUGGAGCUACAUUUCAAUUCUAAUGAUGUUGUCAAAAAAUAUCUCUCAGUUCACUUGAAUUUAAUUGUAACAGCGUUCAAAGAAAUCAUGAGUACUAUUGAUUUGUAUUUUCGGAAAUCCUGUUCACAGAAAGAUAAGAUGCUAUUUAACGAACUUUAUGGUCGACUCUCUAGCAUGCAGUGUUUUCGACAGAUACCUCUUCUACUUUUUCAAAUUUGUUCCAAAUAUAAUUCUAAACAAUUUUUAGAAGAUGUAACUAUUCUUAACCAUCAUACUAUGAUUGCUAUUGACAGAGGUUCCUCUUACAGUUCUCAACACAAAAAAAUAAAUAUGGUAUCUCAUUUACAACAAUUUGCUACUAAAAACAUAGUUGAAUGUUGUCGAAAAGUUCUGGAAAACUUUAAAUUUAACAGCCAUUUCUUAAAUGAAUGUGUCUUCACAUUAUUACAUCACAUAGCUGGAGAUCUUCAUUCAUCUCAUCUUUUAAUUGAACCAUCUCUCUUGAAAGUGUUUUCUGAAAUUUUGAAAGAAGAUAUUGAAUUGGACCAAUAUCAAGAAGAUUUGAUUAUGUACAUACUCACUAAAUUUAGCCGUGAAGUUCAAACAAAAUUUAUAAAAGAGCAACAGAUUAAAAAAGGAGGAAGCAAAUUAAGCGAUGACUCCUCAAUCAAUAGCAGUGUUAGCAGUCAUUGUUUACUUAUUGAAGAAGACGAUGACUUAUUUUGGUGGUACCUACAAUUUGAACAAGACAAAGAUCCAGUCUCCAGAAUUUCUGAACAUCUUCCUACAUCAAAACAAGAUAUUCUGAGUAAGCUGCAGAUAAAAGGAUUUGUUUCAGUUGAAAAACUCAAGUUAUUGAAGGAAAAAAUGAAGGCAGCUCAAGAUUCAAAACUUGAAGCUAUACCAAAUGAAGAUCUUUCUCAAAUCUCAAUUUUUGACGAUGAUGUAACACUUCUUUUACGAACAUUAGUGCAAGCUGGUGAAAGGCAGCAUCUGAUUUGGCUUCAAGAUGUCCUUCUUGAAACUUGUUAUGUUAAGUUAGGUUUGAAUGAGGAUGCAGCAGAAUCUAUUGUUCUCCAUUCUAUAA